AUGCGUGCAUUUUAUUUACUGGCAGGACUCGCCAUUUCACAGGUCCAGAGUAUCUCACACAGUUACGAAAUCAAGUUGCAGCUUCCCAGUCGGAUGCCAGCAUGGGCCGAGCAACUGUCACCAGGCCUUGCUGCCUUUAGCCUUGAGCUGGACCGCUGGACAGAUUGGGCAGGUAAGGAGAUAGGGCAGCCGAACGAGUACUUCAACCAACUACUGCUCAAUCUCGGGGAAAGAACAGGACAGAUGCCGUUUAUAAGAGUUGGAGCCAAUUCGGCAGACCGAGCCACUAUCGAUCUCGACGUCAAGGUCGUCAACGCAACAUUCCCGCCUGCUAAUCCGAUAUUUCCCAAUCCCGAGGCGGAUCAUAUCUUUAUCGGACGCGACUUUUACGCCCUUUCGGGAAAUUUGCCCACUGGGACCCCCUUUGUCUGGGGUCUUAACAUGAAAUUACUGAAUUUAACUGAGACAACUGCCCAAGCUCGGCUCCUUGCCGAGUCAUUCCAUGGUGCCCGAGCAAAUAUAACUAGUCAUGUAAAGCUUGCCAAUAUCGAGAUUGGAAAUGAGCCUGAUUUCUGGGGCCCAACUCGAACUCCCGUCAGAGGAACCUUGGGGCCGAGCUGGGACGUUGUCAACUACACAAACACGUGGUUGAAAUUCGCUAACACUGUCAGCAACGUGCUCGACCUCAACUGUUCAGACCCCUCUAGUCCAAGACUGAUGCCCGGGUCUUUUACUACAAGGGAAGCACCGGAAUGGAUUCCGGAAGGCAUGCUACAGGCCGGCCUGUUAAAUAACCCCAACCUCAGCUGCGAAAUAUCUCAUGUCUCUGGGCAUUCAUAUUCGGGAGCUUUCGAUCCAAGAAUCAUCGUCAGACCUGGGCAACUGAUGGACAAGAUUUCUAUCCGUACCAAUAUGUCGACAAGGACUAUCGGGCGUAUCGCGGUCCGUGCCUCUGGCUUAAAAUAUCUACUGGGCGAGACAAACUCAUAUGCUCUUCACGGACAGCCAGGUCUUAGCAACACGGUUGAGAGUGCCCUGUGGACGACCGACUGGCUGCUUUUGGCGGCAUCGUAUGGUAUUGAGAGAGUACAUCUACACCAAGGCGUGGGCUUCCGAUAUAAUGCUAUCCAGCCAACCAGUAAUGCCGAUGACGGGCUCAACAUCACCCAGCCGCACAUAUUACCCUCUUAUUACGCCCUUUUGGUUGUCAAUGAGGCAAUCGGAACUUCUGGAACUGCUUUCAUUGCCGAAAUACCAACUACUAAUUUGACCCUUACCGCCUAUGGAAUUUGGGAGGAACAGCGGCUUGCGCGUCUCGUGGUGCUAAACACGCAGAUAUACCUUGGGACCGGCAACAAGCCCAGCAUCAAUGUAACAUUAGAUGGCCUGUAUGCAGGUGGUGCACUGACCAUGAAGCUGCUGCAGACGGAGAAGACGACUGCCUACACAGGCCUGACUUGGGCGGGCCAGAACUUCGAGACAGCUUCCGGUAGACCAGAAGGAAAGGUCGUGGAGGAGCAAGUCGAAGAAGGCUCAUUCAAUCUCCCAGCCUCGUCCAUCGCAUUGCUUACAUUGGAGGACUGA